AUGGAAAACGCCCUUCGCCCAUACGGAAUUACCGCCCACCCCAUCAAAAGAGGAGCGCCGGAGCACGCAGCAGCGGCCGUGGUGGAAUGCGGCUUGUGCCCCCGCUUGCUGGUGCAGUUGGGGAAUCGCACCGGCCCUCCCAAGCCCCCCUCGGGGCACAGCGCGUUAUCUAGGCCGUUGGGCCGCGACCUUCAGCAAGCCCACGGGUUCAGCGUCGUGGGUGUGACGCGCCCGGGGGUGGGGAGUGGGCCUACCAGCUCCGGAGCAGAAACGGACACAAAGCCAUUCCGCGACCAAAGCGUUUUGCGACGCACACGCAGAGCAAGGGCAGCCACACGUGAAGUGGAAGGGGGUUUGCCGUUGCAGAAGGUGGGCGUGGGCGCGGUAUCCUUUCCUUUGGCCAUAUGCAGGCCCAAUGCCGAGGCAUGUCGGCGUUUUGUCAGGAGGAUAUNGCAGAAGGUGGGCGUGGGCGCGGUAUCCUUUCCUUUGGCCAUAUGCAGGCCCAAUGCCGAGGCAUGUCGGCGUUUUGUCAGGAGGAUAUGGCCAUGCGCAUCCCAGCAAGCUCACGAGUCCAAUUUGCACACUUCAGAACAAAGCGAAAAGCUCAUAAAAAAGACCAGUGCCAUCUGCACGGCUUCGGCACGUCGCGCCGCAGGAUGGAUGGUGCCGCUCGCAGUGGCAGAAGGCCAACCGACAGGCCAGCGGCGGCCUUUUAUCGCCUGGCCAAAGGAAACGGACACCAAAAACGGUUACAAAGUAGAGGUUCCCCUGGGGCAUAUUUCCCCGUAUCUGAGUGCGGUGUCCUGGAAAACCGCAACCUUCCAACCAAAAAGCGUGGCUAUUUCGCCAAAAACGCAGCACAAAUACAGGAAAAUAUACCAUAAGGGGGCCUUCGCCUUCCAGUGGAUUUCCCGCGCCGCUUCCGGGUUAAGGAAAGGGUAUAGGAUGAGGGCGGGGAAAAAUCAUCCGUGA